AUGAAAGAAAAGUCGAAGAAUGCCGCCAGAUGCCGGCGUGAGAAGGAGAAUCAGGAAUUUCUGGAGCUUUCUCGUCUGCUUCCCCUGCCUGAGGCCAUCACGAACCAACUGGACAAGGCUUCCAUCAUUCGGCUGACCACCAGCUACCUCAAGAUCAUCAUUCUCUUCCCAGAUGGGUUGGGCGACAAUUGGGGAAAAAUAAUUCCCAAAAUGACGUCACGUGACAGGGAACUUGGAUCGCAGAUCCUGCAAACGUUGGACGGAUUCGUAUUCGUAAUCGAUCAACUCGGUAAGAUUCUGUACAUCUCCGAAACCGUAUCCGUUCAUCUCGGACUGUCGCAGGUUGAACUGACGGGCAACAGCAUCUACGAGUACUUACACCCUGAUGAUCAAGACGAGAUGGCUCAACUGCUCCAUUCACACCAUCAUCGUCAUCAUCACCACCACCACCACCACCACCACCAUCAUCAUCAUCAAGUUGAGAAGAUCUUAAGAGAUGCCUGCCUACGCGUAUGUUAUGAAGUGGCACGAUCAGUCUUCAUUAGGAUGAAGUGCGUGCUCGCGAAGAGGAAUGCCGGCCUCACUGCCAGUGGAUUCAAGGUGAUCCAUUGCUCUGGCUACCUCAAAAUCAGGUGCUCCAAGCCAGCAGCUUCCAACUCUUCAUCAACUGCUUCAACUACUGCUUCUCAACACGCUACAUGUUGCCAGCAGGAACACGUCGGACUCGUUGCAAUCGGCAACUCUCUACCGAACAGCACAGCGACAGAAGUCCGACUGUCGAACAGCAUGUUCAUGUUCAGGGCCAGUUUGGAUUUGAAGUUCAUCUUCAUGGACAGCAAAGUGACGCACUUCACGCAGUUCGAGCCACAUGAACUCAUCGAUCGAACUCUCUACAACUUCGUACACGCCUAUGACGCAUACGCUCUCCAAUACGAUCACAACACUCUGUUAAUGAAAGGCCAGGUUACUACGAAGUACUACAGAUUCCUAACAAAGGGAGGGGGCUGGGUCUGGGUUCAAACGCACGCCACGAUCGUCCACAACACUCGCUCUUCCAGGCCCCACUGCAUCGUGACUGUCAAUCACGUCGUCAGGUUUUCCUUCAAGUUUUUCACGGUCUAG